AUGUCAUCUUCCCUGGUCGAGCGGCAGCGGUUACCGCCUGAACUCAUUCUGAACAUCAUUGAGAGCCUCCUCCCGUCGAAUGAAUCGUCAAUCUUGCCUGCAUCCCAUAGUGCAACGAAAGCUCUGAUAUCCUUCAGUCGGGUCUCCCGCUCGACAUAUGACUUUAGCACCCGCCUACUUCGCAAGCGAUGCAUGCACAUCGACUCGACAAGCCGCCUGAGUCUGCUCCUGCUCAGCCUCUUCUCCCCCUCGCCCAGGACUCUCCCGCCGACUCUGUCACUCAAAUCCAUCACAUCUCUCUACCUCAGCCCCUUUGGAAAGUCGCUCGAUGAUAAACCGACGGCGAUGUGGGUGCGCGAGCUCUUUUGUGAGGUCUGCGACACCCUCAAACGCCUCAUCGUCGAUAUGCCGUUCGGGACGUUGUCCGGCUACGACGACCAUCUCGAUGUCAGACCGACUCUGACGGACGGAUUCCAGAGGCUUUCCAAGUUGGAGGAGCUUAUAUGCCUUCGAGACUAUCCGGCUCUGACUUUUAUGCAACAGACCUUUACCGUCAACUGCUGGAGCCUAUGGCCCAAUCUGAGGCGGGUACUAUUGUUUAAUGCCCCCAUGUCGAGCCAUUGGCUCUGGUAUGACAUUGCAAACACCGCCCAGCUCGAGCAGGUCAUCCUCGCGCGGCCGCUCGUGCCGCCGCGGAUCAAUAUCAAAGACGACUACUAUCACAUGCUGAACAGCUAUGACCACUUGGUACCCCGGAAGAUCAAGAUCGUGCUAGCCGAUGUGGAAAGCGACCUCCCGGAAAUAGAGACGACGAGAUGGGACGAAUAUGACCCCGAGGGACUGCUGGCCAUUGAGAAAUACGACAUCCCAACGUCCUUUUACGGGGAUGAGAACGCCACUGAUUUGUGCUGUGACUGGGUCAAAAUGGCAGCAUUGAAUGGUUCAAUUUGGGACUGGAAAAGCCACCCAGUGGACAGUCCGCCCGUUGAAGGAGUAUAG